AUGAUAUGCUUUAUCGUUUCAAUGCACAAUCACCUGUUAUCAUAUAUGGUGUUAUUUAUUACUAUUUAUUUUCACAUUUAUUUAUUAAUCCUUAUUUAUAUAUAUCAAAACUACAAUCUUGAAAAUGUUUACGUUUUGUUCUUGAUAUUACAAAACAGAAUCAGAAACAAAAGAAAAAUGAUUUCUCACUCAGAAUACUGCCGACAAUUGAACAGUGCCUAUAAUGAAGGGAGUGUGCAAGCUAAUCCAUAUUGCCAACAAAUAGUCUAUGAUUCAAGUAGUCAUACUAUCCUCAUGAAAACCGGUAUCCCAUCCAAGGCCAGUAAUAGCAUGAGGCUCGAUCAUUUAGAAUUCAAAAUUACAUAUUCUCAUGUAUAUCAAGAACCUCUGCUGCUGCUACGAAUAUGGAUACGAGAACACAAUGAUGAAUUUACCAUGUCGAAACUAUGGUUUCCUAAAGAUGUAAAACAGAUUUUGAACAUUGAUAGUGCUUUCCAAUUAGGGUUGGAUUCAAUAUCUUCGGACAUGCGUCAGCAUCAGGAGGCUUGGUACUCUUUUCAUCCCUGUGAUACCUCAUAUAUGAUAGGAGACAAGCCAGAAUAUUUAGACAAGUAUCUAGAACGCUGGUUAAGCGUGUUCUUAUUUAGUGUAUUGCUGUGA